CACCGGGUGGCUCUUUGCCACCAGAGUCUUUUCCUCCCUUGCAUUCCGAAUUCCCAAAGGACAGUUUCCCACCCCAGUCCCUUGCCUUUCCUCCAAUCCCACCAAAUGAUGCUCAGACAGUGGAUCCUGUUGUCCAUCCAGAGGCCACUUUGUCUCUAAAUACCAUCUUCUGUCCGGACUCUGCCCUUUCCCAAGAUGUCAACCCCUUACCGGAGUUGUCCCAGAUGGUAAAUCCCACUGAGACCUUUGCUUGUCAUAAUCCACCACCAACCCUGUCUGUUUCACCACCACCGGACUGCAGUUUAACUAUGACUCAACCUAAAUCGAUUUCCAUCUCAAUGAAGCCUGUUCCAGAGAUCUCAUCUCCAGAUAGCUCUGGUGGGUUGUCUACUUAUGUCCCAACAAUCACAGGCUUUAACCCCUCCAGAUUGUCAAUUUUAGACUUCCCUUCGUGGCAAACUCAUGCCAAAGACUUCUUCCCUUCAACCUUGGCUCCAUAUGAUUUCCAUCAAGAGUUUCUGGCCCUCCAUUCUUCAGAGGCUUCUUCCGGGGGAGACCCUGCAGCCAAGCUUGUGGAGCCUGCUAACCUCUCACUUCUCAGCCCCGAUGGCUUGGCACUCCUAGAGGAACAAGUCCGAAAGAGGAGUGACUUCUGGAUGUGGAAGGAAAUGAAAAAGAGUUCUGUUCCAAAACAAACAAUUGCCGAAAAACAUGACUUGGAAGUUUCCCUUCCUUUCUGGAGCAGCAAAGAUCAAUCAAAGGAGCUGCAUGUGCAUCGGCAGCCCCCAUAUCCUACAACCACCUUGAAGGAGGGCCAUUUACAGCAAACCCCUGUCCAGUUCUUCUGGGGUCUCCCAACUCUGCAUAGUGAGUCCUUGUUCUCUGUUGCCCAUGUCUUAGAUAAUUGUUCCUCCAUCUUAAUUUUUAACAGAGUCUCGAAUGCCUCCACAGAGCAGGAAUCCCCAGUAGUUCCCCAUCCUCUUCCUCUGUCCUUGCCCCAACCCCAGCCCCUACCUAUCCCUCAGGUCCAGCCCCAGGCCCACCUUCAGUCCCCACUCCCCAUCCUGUCAUCUGGUCCUCUAACCCAGGUUAAGGUCUGUGGAGUGUGUUUGCACAGACCUGAGAUGGAAUCAGAGUCUCUCAUACCAACUGAAAUGCAACAUCUGGAAUGGAACGUGUUGCAGAAGGAACAGGAAACUGUGUGGGGUUUACCCGCUGUUGUCCAAAGAUCCCAGGAGGACUUCGGUCCUUCAGCUCCUAAACCUCUUAAUCACCAGGCCUCCCAGGCCCGUGUUGCAAUCUCUAUCCUUCCUGGACAGUUUCCUCUCACCGAUGAGCUUCGAACAAAACUAGAGCGUCACCUUCGAAAGAGGCUCAUCCGACACCAGUGGGGCCUGUCCCGUAGGAUCUGUAAGUCUCUAUCACUGAUGGGUCCGAGUAUUUUUUCAGAGACACCUAACUUGCAGCGCUAUCAUGGACGCACAUGGAUCUCUAAGAGUGAGAGUAAAUCGAGCGAAUCUGAAAGCGAUGAGGGGGACUCAGAAAUGAGUCAGCUGGAGGACGAUGACCUGGAGAAGGACAAUGAUGAUCUGGAGAAGGAUCAGCGACACAACCCAGAGAAUGGCCCAAAAGAUUAUCUGUUGAGUGACCCAGAGAGCUCUUCAGGUAAUGAUACGGGGUAUGAUUCUGAAAAAGAACUUAGGAGACCAUCAGAGAAAAACUCAACAGUGUCUGUGGCGACUAUAGGUCAGAGACAACCUGAAAACGUCCUGAAAAUUCAUCUGAGCAAAAAGUGUGAGGAAAUUAAUGAGGGUCAGCUCCCCGGGCCUGUGCAUAAUUCAUGGCAUACUAUGAAGCAGACGUCGCUUCUUUUUGAGAACUCCCACACUGAAAUAAAACACAGAAGUUUGCCACCAUCAGAGGUUCAGGACUACUCCCUGAAUACCUUCCGGGAGCUUCCCUUUAUUGAAUCUAGUGCACAACAGAUGCUGGAAGCCCAUAUUAAAAGGUUUCGUAUGAUGAUGACAGGGGGCCUUCCCUCCAGGGUCCUUGAAUCCAUAGAGCUCUUUAAAUUGAUAAAGGACACUUCCCAUUCUAGCUUUUCCUCCUCUACAAACCUGAUUUCUGAACUAAAUUCUAAACCUGGGGGCUUCAACUCCCUCAGAGGAAGCUCUAAAUCUCUCCAUGGAGACAAAGUGGGAACAGCAAAUUCAGCCUCCAUCCUGGAUCGUCCUCUCCCUGCCGCCUCAACUGUGGGCAAGGAAGAACAGAGAAGUCUGAGGCAAUCACCCUCUGAUAUCAACCAUGAGUUUGCAGAGGAUGUUCAGAAGAUUAAGGUUGGCACACAGACUCUUACACCUGUCAAACAUGACACCAUAGGCAACAGAUGGCCCCCAAAGCUGCCUGCAAGGCAAGCUGGGGCCGGACAUGAGCCAAAGGAUAAGAGUGCACAUUCUAGAGGUAGAGGAGGAAUGCAAGAGGGCAAAAAGAAUCUAGAACCUGUCUUUGUGCCCACAGCAUCCAGGGUGAUAUUCAGGGUCAAGGAACUUGAUGCUCAUCAAUCACAAUCUGAUAUCUUGACAACCAGCAAGCCAGUAAGCUCCCAAAUCAUAAAGGUGAAUGUUAAUAAAGCCAAAACUACCAUCCCCAUUAAAA